AGGCUCACGUUCGCCUUGCUCCUCACUCCCUCACCGCUCGCUCGUUGUGAGGUGCUGUCCAGGAGUCGUUCCGCGGCGGCCGAGGGCGGGCCGGCCCUAAAGUCGAGAUCGCUCAGCUCACUCAGCCAGGCUAGCCUUUCCUUCCGCCGCCGACUUUGCGAGCUGCGCUUUCUGUUGGGUCGAGGACGGACAGAGACACAACCACGCAGCAUCUCGAUCCAUUUGCUACCACUAAUUUCUGCGCUUCAUCAACACGGGUAGACAGAACAGCAAUGGCGUCUGCUUCAGCGUCAUCUAGCAGGCAGAUGCUUCAGGCUGCCAAUGCGCUGACGAGGCGGACGGGCGUCGCCGCUUCAUCCUCCUCGGCAUCGUCGCUGUCGCUGUUGCACCUCCACGCACGUUCGAUCGCUACGAAGGCGGUGCGAUCGGCGACAGCGACGACUUUGCAGCCGUUGCGAUCAUCAGGCAGCACCGUCCUGCUCCAGUCAUCAUCAAGGGCAAGAACGCCUCGCUGGUCCACCCUCAACCUCGCCUCAAGACAUGCCUCCUCUUCGUCGUCGUCAUCAUCAUCGUCAAGCGGCGCGGGUGCGAGUUCUGGCUCGGGCGCAGAUGGCUCAACGUAUGACCAUCCGCAAGGCCCCAACCCAACCUUCAGAGAACGCAUGCGCUACCUUUGGAAGCGGUAUGGCUGGUGGGCAUUCGGAGUGUACAACCUCUGGUCGCUCGUCGACUUUUCCCUCACGUGGGCGGUAAUUCACCUUUACGGCGCAGACCACAUUCGCGACGUCGAGACACGGCUACGCAAGUACAUUGGGCUGGAGAAGCGCGAGUCGACCGACGUCGAGGUGGCACAGUGGCCUUUGAACGGGCAGACGCCUGCUGUGCUGGGCGAAGGGGAGAAGAAGCACGAGAACAACGAAGCUGCCGCACACGUUGCGGCGGAUAGGCUGACGAAGGGAGUGAGUGAGGAGGAGGCAACACAAGGAGUGCAAGCUGGCGCAAACAAGUCGAACGGUGCCGGUUCAAGCACGCUCUGGGCCGAGGCCGUGCUGGCGUAUACCAUUCACAAGACACUGUUGCUGCCGUUCCGAGUGAUGGGCACGGGUGCGUUGACGCCGAGCUUUGUGAAUUGGAUGGUUCGCCUGGGAUGGGCAAAGCCGCUCCCACCACUCGCUGCGGCUGGUACAGCAGCUGCGGGAGGCGUUGCUUCUACGGCAGCCAAGCGCGGUGCUCAGGGUGGGGCGAGCGCCGCCGCAAAGAGCGCCAGCAAGCCGUGAUCGAGCGUAGAGCUCAGAGAGAGAACAGUAAGGGCAGGGGAGGGGGCGCACGAUGGAGGACGAGGAUAGACGCGAGGCGAACAGAGAACGCAAAGUACGCGGUGAGGAGCAGCAGCCUGUUCCGAGAGCCACAUCACCACUAGCAAGACAACACCGCUUUCAUGCACGCAGUCGCGAGGGCUCGGCGUGACAGAAAAGAUACCAUUACAAUAUCGGGAAGGCGAGCCGGAGCUCUUUACAGUACCAUAAAUGCCGUAGCUCCCGCAGCGACCAGCGCCGCUGCCGCACCCACAAGCUUUCCUUGCCCGUGCUGAUGUGCCUUCGUGGCCGCACUGGACGAGAUCUUGAACGUGUUGUUAUUCGGCCCUGAGC